AAUCCGAUUCAAUCCAAAUCCAGUUCGAGCGGGCAGAUGGGCUGCUAAAAUGACACGGAGACGUUGCAGCGCUUCGGUCAGCUGCGCUGUUGGAAAUGUGUUUCAUGACGUAACUGUCGCGACAGGAUGCUGAAUAUCCACGCCUGCAAGUUUCCCGUAGUCUCUUCAGUGGAUUAUUUGACACUUGUAGUGACUACGUGCACCGAGAGGGUUCACACGGUUCCAGGAACACCACCUCUUCGCGUUCAAUUAAAUUCUCGUUGUGCCCGUAAAACAUCAUGCGCUGGUGAAGAGAAAUGAACAGUUUAGGCUGGGGUAUCCUGUUCAGUAUGGGUUGUACGUGCAGCAAGGAGACUGUCUGCAUCAACGGCAAGCGAUACACUAUAAAAAGCAGAAUCGGCGAAGGGGGCUUCAGCAUCGUAGACCUCAUCGUGGACUCCACAACGCAUACCACCUAUGCCCUGAAGCGCAUUCCCUGUCACACAAAGGAAGACGAGCGAAAUGCCCUGCGUGAGGCGGAGUACUACAGCAGCUUCGAACAUCCCAACCUGAUCCACUGCCUGGACGUCGUUCUGGCGGAGAAACAGGAUUUCACCAAAGCCUUUGUCAGCGAAGUGCUCAUUGUUCUUCCAUACUAUAGGAAAGGGACGCUGCAGGAUGAGUUGCUGAUGCGGAGUCGUACCAGGGACCACAUGAGCGAAGAGCGUCUUCUGCGAUUGUUCCACGGAAUGUGCCUUGGCGUGCAGGCCCUGCAUGGUGCCACUCCUGUGGCACUGGCGCACAGAGACCUGAAGCCCUCCAACGUGCUCAUGGGAGACGACGACUGUCCCGUCUGGAUGGAUUUUGGAUCAAUGGGACGUGCGAGACUGGAUAUAAACAAGACGAGCGAAGCCAUCGCUUUACAGGACCUAGCCGCCGAAAAAUGCAGCAUGCCUUACAGAGCUCCAGAGCUCUUCAACGUUGAGAGCCACACGUCUAUCGAUGAGCGUAUUGACAUCUGGUCUUUAGGCUGCUGCCUGUACGCAAUGUGCUUCUUUAGGUCCCCUUUUGAAGCUGCGCACGAGCGAGGUGAUAGUGUGGCGCUCGCUGUACUCAGCGGCCAUGUCGACUUUCCAGAAGACAGUCCGUACUCUGGCGGCGUGCACGGCAUCAUCCGCAUGAUGUUGGAGGUGGAUUCCCUUCAACGGCCAUUCAUAGAAACGAUCAUCCAAAGUGUCAAGGACGUGGCUUCCAGAGCAGAAAACAAGGCUUAACGAGGCAAACGUCUGCUCGGCUUUGUGACAACUACAGAAGGACCGUUUAUAUAAUUAACCCAAAAAAAUUGUGCGCGAUUUACGCUGCAUUUGUUACGAAGCUAACAAAGCGGAAAAUUUCCCAAAGGUUUUAUAUGCAACAUGUUGAACAGCAUUUAAUGCAGUUUUUGCAUGCCCUGCAUCCCUGUCUGCAUUGCUGUCAUGUACCCUCUAUAAAGAAGCAGCAAAAAAAAAAAGAGCAAAGUAUAUUUACUGCAUCACAUAUCGUGUACAGCAGUGAUUGCAACGAAUAAUUUUUAUGCUAGGAAAUCCAAAGUUGUAGAAGUCAGUAGUUAGAAAAAUCCAGCAACAGUAUGUUGCAAACCUACGUCUACAAAGUGGGACGUGCAAUAGUGUCCCCUUACACAAUUGACCACAGCUUUGAGGCCAUGUUAACGACGUGUAUACUGUGCAUGUGCUGCAGACUUUUUCGAAGAAAUAUAAGCAUUCGUACGCCACUUGUAUCUUGCUACACAUCUGUCCCGCUGAUUGGACAUCCACAUCAGACGGUUGCCCUUGUAAUCGUGGCUCUGCCACUCUGCUACCAUGUCUCGUUAUGGCCUCAGUGAUAACGUCACAUUCCAGUCGGUGCACCGUUUUGGGUUAUUUGCUCUCCGCAACGGAUGUGAGCAUGGUGGCAGAACAUGCAACGUCAUUGUUGCACCUGUUGAGGACUACACGCAGGUCUGGUGCUCUGGCAACAGCACUGUGAUUAGACAUCUGUCGUCGUCAAAGUUUCAGGUUGAAUACCUUUUAACUGCUCCUUUACGAUUCAUAUGCAAGAUAAAUAAAUGCUUGUUGUUGCUGCCGA